UUAUUUGCAUCUUGUAUAGAGAACUCUAUUUGAUGUGAGGCCUUUUUUUGGUUGUUGAAAAUUUUCUCAUAUCAUGUCACGGGGGUGCAUGUCUGUUGAGGUGAGCUGCAGGUCACACCCCUCUCUGCCAGAGCAUCAGGUUUGGGUGUGUCUUCCAACUGAGGGCACCAGGUGGAGAUGAUUUGGUGAUGACAGGAGUUGGCAGACACGCACAGGACAGCGGGAGGAAUAAGGGUGAAAGAAAUGUUUGCAGGGAUCGGACGUGGAAAAGAAGUGCCUUCACUCCUGCUUCCAGGUGAUUGGCACAUGCUUUUCACCUGCUUCUAAUUAUCACCUGAGGACUACCCUUGCUUCAUUUGAUGCAGACGCUGUUGGUGCUGUCUCCUGAGGAGAACGGUCUUUAGGAUGGAGGAGGAUGAUGAUGAUGAUGAUGGUGGUGGUGGAAGAAGGGUGCAGCAGCAGCAGCAGCAGAGUAUUAAAAAGUGCAAAGCAGCUCCCUGAUUGGCCACUCAGGCUGCAGGCUAAGCCCACUCCCUUUCAUCCCUAAAAGAAGAAGGCCGAGGGAGCCUAUGGGAGAGCUGGACUGUCUCCUCCCACGACGUGCACGCCAAAGUUGCCCUCUUCAACUACUUCCACGCAGCCAGCAGACAUUCCACUCAAAUGCACCAAGGGGGGAAAUAGUAUCUGCGCUUUUGUGCCCAACUCCAGACUUUUAAGCACCUCAUUUAAAAAAUAUAUAUAAUAAUUCUACACUUAAUUCUUACAAAAAGGACAUUUUAGGAAGAGCAUCACUCCACACAUCCUUUUCCUCUCUCAUGAGAAUUAUAUAUUUUUCUCCACCUGGGAUUGGAAUUUCGCUGCAUUUUUUUCCCUCCUUUUUAGAACAUUUUUUUUUUUUUUUUGUUCACCCCUACUCCUGUUUCAUUUUGGACUUUGUGAGAGCAACAGCAGCUGCGGCUUAGACUGGUGCAGCGGUGGUGGUGCUAACCCAGCUGCAAGGAUGGCUACUUUGCCCGGAACAGUGCCUCGGAUGGUGCGCCCCACGCCGGGCCAGAACUACCCACGGACCGGCUUCCCUCUAGAAGUGUCCACCCCUCUGGGCCAGGGUCGCGUCAACCAGCUGGGCGGCGUGUUCAUCAACGGGAGGCCCCUGCCCAACCACAUCCGCCACAAGAUCGUGGAGAUGGCGCACCACGGCAUCAGGCCCUGCGUCAUCUCCCGCCAACUGCGCGUCUCCCACGGCUGCGUGUCCAAGAUCCUGUGCCGAUACCAGGAGACCGGGUCCAUCCGCCCCGGGGCCAUCGGAGGCAGCAAGCCCAGGCAGGUGGCCACUCCUGACGUGGAGAAGAGGAUCGAGGAGUACAAGCGGGAGAACCCGGGAAUGUUCAGCUGGGAGAUCCGGGAUAAGCUGCUGAAGGACGGCGUGUGCGACAGAAGCACGGUUCCUUCAGGUGAGGCUUCAUCUGUGAGCUCCAUCAGCCGCGUUUUGAGGGCCCGAUUUGGCAAAAAAGAUGACGAGGAUGACUGUGAUAAGAAGGAUGAAGACGGAGAAAAGAAAACAAAGCAUAGCAUCGAUGGCAUCCUCGGUGAUAAAUGUAGCCGCACGGACGACGGUUCCGACGUGGAUUCGGAGCCCGACUUGCCGCUGAAGAGGAAGCAGAGGCGCAGUCGCACCACCUUCACCGCCGAGCAGCUGGAGGAGCUGGAGAAGGCUUUCGAGAGGACACAUUACCCCGACAUCUACACCCGGGAGGAGCUGGCUCAGAGGACCAAGCUGACGGAGGCCAGAGUGCAGGUGUGGUUCAGCAACAGAAGGGCCCGGUGGCGUAAACAGGCCGGAGCCAACCAGCUCGCCGCUUUCAACCACCUGCUUCCCGGCGGCUUCCCGCCCACAGGGAUGCCCACUUUACCCACAUACCAGCUCCCGGAGGCCAGCUACCCCGGCACCACACUAUCGCAAGAUGCAGAUUCCUGUGGAAACUGGUCCUUUCACCCGGUUGAUCGGAGCUUAUACCUGUGCGCAGAGGGCAGCAGUACCUUGCACAGACCCCAGCCCCUGCCCCCGUCCUCCAUGCACCAGGGAGGUCUAGGCGCCGACGGCAGUUCGGCGUACGGCCUAUCAUCCAACCGCCACAGCUUCUCCAGCUACUCCGACUCCUUCAUGAGCCCCUCGGCGUCCGGCAACCACAUGAACGCCGUCGGCAACGGGUUGUCUCCGCAGGUGAUGAGCAUCCUGAGCAACCCCGGCGGCGUGCCCUCUCAGUCGCAGCACGACUUCUCCAUCUCGCCGCUACACGGCAGCCUGGAGGGCUCCAACCCCAUCUCGGCCAGCUGUAGCCAGCGCUCGGACACCAUCAAGAGCGUGGACAGCCUGGCCUCCUCGCAGUCCUACUGCCCCCCCACCUACAGCGCCACCAGCUACAGCGUGGACCCUGUCACCGCCGGUUACCAGUACAGCCAGUACGGUCAGACUGCCGUGGACUACCUGGCUAAGAACGUGAGCUUGUCCACUCAGAGGAGGAUGAAGCUCGGAGACCACUCGGCCGUGCUGGGACUGCUGCAGGUGGAGACGGGGCAGGCCUACUGAAGCCCCGCCCCCCCUCCAUCACACACACCUCUGCGCUCGGCCAAGUGGGGACCGCCACAAGUCCAGCCCCGGAAGUGGGACGGACAGGAAGGGACGGGGCUACACUUUAAAGAGGACCACACAUUGGACCCCCCCAAAUCCCCUCUACCCCCCGCCCCCCACCACCAGAGCCACUGGCAACAUGUACUCAUGUGACCUUGAUGUUGAUAGUACUUAACAAUUAUCAUUUCUUCUCUUUUGAUAUUAUUGUUAAUAAUGAUAACAUUCUUGUUGCUGUUCUCUAUUAUUGCUAACGUUGUUCGAUUUCCACUGGUGUGCUCGCGAGGAGGAGCACGAUGAUUGUUUUCCAAGCUGCUCUUCGACCACCCCCCGCUUUUAGUGAGCGAUUUGACCUUCCCGCUUUCAUAUUCAUCUUGACAUUCCAAAAGAACUUGGCCACUGUGUGGGAAGUCUGGCUGGAGGGGUCCUGCAGGGAAUUUUAAGCAGUGUUUUGGCCGCCAAUAACGCCCCCCUCCUCCCCCCUGUAACUUCCACGCCAUCCUUAGCCGGGGUCCACAGGGAGGGGGGGCUUUGUUGUAAAAUGGGAUUGGGGAAAUUAAUGCAUUUUGUUUAGAAAAAUGGAAGCCUAGCUAUAUUACAGCCCCCCUUUAAAUGCCCUCUGCUAGUGUGUAAAGCAGAUCAAAUCUCACACACACACACACACACACACACAAUCCUAUUGUUAGUCUUAUUUUUUUCACUUGACAGCACACAUCUUGUAAAAACGCACCUUCACCUCAAACAUUCCUCGCAAACAUUCCGAAAUAAGCAGCAUUCCAGCAAAAAACAACCCCUUGUGUCAUCCAAAUACUGUAAAUCAAGACGCGUGCAGCAUUUUACGUUUACAAAAUUAAAUAACAAAUAUCGCCAGAAAUAUGUUUGCGGUUUACGAGCAAAAGUUACGAGGGAGAACAUUUUUUUGAGAGUUUAGUCGCCGUUUUAAAAAAAAUCUUGCAAUAUGACUAAAAGGUCUUUCUAGACAUUUUGUGGUAAUGUCAUGGAAAUUGCAAUUAUACACCCCCAACAAAAGUGUAUUAUGAUAGUAACAUUUUCACAUUAAAAGAUAGCUAUUUUACAACAAAUGUCAUACGUGUAGAAAUAUAAAGUCUUAUUAUCGCAAUAACAAAAUUUUGGGACAAGAAUGGCUCCAUUUUUAAGGUAAAAUUUUAACAUUCCAUGAUAUUCUGAAUUACGGAAAAAAAAAGAUCACAAAUGUACAAGAAUCAAAGUACGACAUAAAAAAAAUGAAUUUAGUACAUCAUUAACAAAUGAAAAACAUUAAUAUCAUGAGAAUAAAGUUGUCGUAUUAUGAGAGAAAAUACGAUUCUACAAUUCGCGAUUUUAGGAAAAUCUGCAAUUUUAGGAAAAUCUGCAAUUUUGAGCUAUUCGUAAUCAUACAAAAGUUGCAAAUAACAAAUGUGAAAACAUUCCACUGAGAGAAUGACUACAAAGUAGUCGAAUUACAAGGAAAAGUUUUACAGGAAUAACAUCGGAAUUUUCCGAAGUUCUAAUGAGAACAAUAAAGUCCUCAUUGCAGUUUCUGAGAAGGAAAAAUAAGGUAAAUUCAUGCAAAUGUUGUAAGAUUGUGAAAAUAAACUCGCAAUAUGUUAAGGACGUCAAGAUAAAAAAGAUAAUUUUGGUAUUCAUUUCCGGGAAAAACCCCAAAAAGAAUAUCAGAAAAAAUUGAGAUUUUACACGAAUAAUGUUGUCAUAUUCAGAGAUGAUUUCAAAGGGGAAAAAAGAGAUAACUAUUUUACAACAAAUGCAAGUCUUAUCGCAAUAAGAAAUUUUUGGGACAAGAAUGGCACAAUUUGACAGGGAAAAUGUUAACAUUUCACGAUAUUCUGAAUCACGGUAAAAAAAAUAAAACAUUUAUGAAAAGGUCAUAAAUGUACAAAAAUUAAAGUAGGAUAUUACAAAAAAUAAUAUGACUGUAGUACAUCAUUAAUGAAUGAGAACCAUUAAUAUUAUGACAAUAAAGUUGUCAUAUUAUGAGAGAAAAUACAAUUCUACAAUUAAAUCGCGAUUUUAGGAAAAUCUGCAAUUUUAGGAAAAUCAGCAAUUUUAGGAAAAUCUGCAAUUUUGAGUUAUUUGUAAUCAUACAAAAGUUGCAAAUAACAAACAUGAAAACAUUCCACUGAGAGAAUGACAACAAAGUUUUACAGGAAUAACAUCGGAGUUUUACGAAGUUCUAAUGAGAACAAUAAAGUCCUCAUUGCAGUUUCUGAGAAGGAAAAAUAAGGUAAAUUCAUGCAAAUGUUGUAAGAUUGUGAAAAUAAAAUCGCAAUAUUGUAAGGACGUCAAGAUAAGAAAGAUAAUUUUGGUAUUAAUUUCCGGGGGAAAAAACAAAGAAUAUCAGAAAAAAAUUAAGAUUUUACAAGAAUAAUGUUGUCAUAUUUAGAGAUGAUUUCACGGGUGAAAAAAUAGAUAACUAUUUUACAACAAAUGAAAGUCUUAUUAUCGCAGUAAGACAUUUUUUGGACAAGAAUGGCACAAUUUGACAGGGAAAUUGUUAACAUUCCACGAUAUUCUGAAUUACGGUAAAAAAAAUAAAACAUUUAUGAAAAGGUCAUAAAUGUACAAAAAUUCAAGUAGGAUAUUACAAAAAAAAUAUGAAUGUAGUACAUCAUUAACAAAUGAGAAACAUUAAUAUUAUUACAAUAAAGUUGUCAUAUUAUGAGAGAAAAUACAAUUCUACAAUUAAAUCGCGAUUUUAGGAAAAUCUGCAAUUUUAGGAAAAUCUGCAAUUUUGAGUUAAUCGUAAUCAUACAAAAGUUGCAAAUAGCAAACCUGAAAACAUUCCACUGAGAGAAUAACAACAAAGUAGUCCUAUUACAAGCAAAAGUUUUACAGGAAUAACAUCGGAAUUUUACGAAGUUCUAAUGAGAACAAUAAAGUCCUCAUUGCAGUUUCUGAGAAGGAAAAAUAAGGUAAAUUCAUGCAAAUGUUGUAAGAUGGUGAAAAUAAAAUCGCAAUAUUGUAAGGACGUCAAGAUAAGAAAGAUAAUUUUGGUAUUAAUUUCUGGGGAAAAAAAUUAAAAGAAUAUCAGAAAAAAUAAAGAUUUUACAAGAAUAAUGUCAUAUUCAGAGAUGAUUUCACGGGGGAACAAGAGAUAACUAUUUUACAACAAAUGAAAGUCUUAUUAUCGCAAUAACACAUUUUUGAGACAAGAAUGGCACAAUUUGGCAGGGAAAAUGUUCUCAUUCCACGAUAUUCUGAAUUACAGUAAAAAAAAAAAGACAUUUUUAGGAAAAGGUCAUACAUGUACAAGAAUUAAAGUAGGAUAUUACAACAAAAAAAUAUGACUGUAGUACAUCAUUAACGAAUGAGAAGCAUUAAUAUUAUGAGAAUAAAGUUGUCACAUUAUGAGAGGAAAUACAAUUCUACAAUUAAAUCGAGAUUUUAGGAAAAUCUGCAAUUUUGAGUUAUUCGUAAUCAUACAAAAGUUGCAAAUAACAAACAUGAAAACAUUCCCCUGAGAGAAUGACAAUAAAGUUUUACAGGAAUAACAUCGGAAUUUUCCGAAGUUCUGAUGAGAACAAUUAAGUCCUCAUUGCAGUUUCUGAGAAGGAAAAAUGAGGUAAAUUCAUGCAAAUGUAAGAUUGUGAACAUAAAAUCGCAAUAUUGUAAGAACGUCAAGAUAAGAAAGAUAAUUUUGGUAUUCAUUUCCGGGAAAAAACACAAAAAGAAUAUACAAGAAUAAAGUCUUCAUAUUCAGAGAUGAUUUCACAGGGGGAAAAAAUUAUAAAAUGGGAAUAUUCAAAUAUAAUUUCAGGAAAAAA